UCUGAGCACGUGUCCUGCUGGACUGCGUCAGCACUGGGUAAACAGAUGACUGGCUGCGCGCCCGGGCGGGGCUAUUUAAGAGGCAGCCGCCCUCCCGCCUGCCCUGAACUUGGCUGGACCGCAGCCUGCUCUGCUGGAAGCCGCCAAGGCAGCUGAUUCCCCGUCAAAGCCAUGAAGAGCGGCGUGUGUCUGUGCGUGCUGAUGGCAGUCCUGGUCGCGGGCGCCCUGACGCAGCCAGUGGCUCCGGCAGAAGCCGUGGACUCCGCGGUGCAGCGGGCGGAGGAGGCUCCCCGAAGGCAGCUGAGGGCGGCUGUCCUCAGGACCGACGGCGAGCCCCGAGCGCGCCUGGGCGCACUGAUAGCGCGAUACAUCCAGCAGGCCCGCAAAGCUCCUUCUGGCCGCAUGUCUGUUCUUAAGUCGCUGCAGAACCUGGACCCCAGCCACAGGAUAAGUGACCGGGACUACACGGGCUGGAUGGAUUUUGGCCGGCGCAGCGCUGAGGACUAUGAAUACCCGUCCUAGUGGGCCAGCUUCUCAGUCCUGCUCGGAGGAGCUGGAACGAGAAAACAGUCACGCACACAACCCCUUGCCUCUGCAGUUCGACACUUUGAGUAUCUAUUUAUUAAGUUCCCAGUGUGAAAUCUGUCUGUUAAGAGUGUGCAAUCUGGCCACACGCCUCAGCCCCGCCGACGGUUGGAAGGCAGUGUUUCCUCCAGUGACUCCCAAACCUAAUGUUGCUAUGCUAUUAAAGAGUUCCUUCUGCCACUUA